AUGAAAGCAUUUAUGUACUACGACACUAACAAGCCAGUAAGUUGGUGGGAUGAGAUGACACAGAUGGUCAAAGCUUUCCUGAGUGAUAAGAGGUUUCUCAUAGUUCUAGAUGAUGCCCACUGUGUCUCUUGUUUUAAUGAAAUCAUAGCAGCAUUCCAAGACACAAUGAGUGGGAGGACAAUGAUUCUAACCACAUGUGAAAUGAGUUUGCUUUCAAAUCUCAAAUUGAGGAGUGUUCAUCAUGCAUGGCGAUUACGAGGAGAUGAUGAGAGUUGGGUAUUAUUUACUUAUGCCAUGAAGGUAAACAUACUAUUAGAACUACUAAAUCUGAGAAGUGAAAUUGUGAGAAAAUGUGGGGGGUUGCCAAUGGCAAUGGUAAAAUUGGCAGAUGAUUUGUCACAGAAGGAUGCAGCCAUUAAGGAAUGGUCCAGUGUGCUCCAGCAGUUUAAUGGAGACCAUGACCUAUGGUCUAAUACCUUGAACAAGAUCAACGAGGAUUUGCCCUUGCAGAUGAAGCGAUGUCUGUUUUAUUGCAGGCUAUUUCCUCAAGAUUUUGCGAUUCCAGCAAGAAGAUUAUGUUGUGGCUUGCAGAGGGUUUGGUGCAACCAGGGGGAAAGAAUGAAUCUCCAGAAGAUGUUGCAGAGGUGCUUGAUAAAGUUGAUAGCUCAGGGCAUGGUUCAAAUGAUAAACAAGAAGCCUAAUGGGAAUGUUAACUCAUGUCGCCUUCCUGAUGCCCUACGACAGCACUGGUUAUCAAAAGCUCAACAAGCUACAUUUCUUCAAGUUCAGGCUAACACAAGAUCUGAGUUGUCCCAAAGCACUGGUCUAACCCACCACCUUGCUGAUCACUUAGAUAAAGAAGAUGCCAGCUUUGAUCAUAUCCACGGUGGCUACAACAUUGCUUCCACAUCAUUGAUGCCUCAGUACUGCCUUACUGAUCACUUGGAUAAAGAAGGAAGAAAAGCAGGAGAAGACAUAGGAAACUUUCUUCAUAGAUGCAUUUCUAGCAGUUUCCUCCUAUUACUAAGGGUUCUUGAUCUUGAAAAUGUAUACAGGCCUAAGUUGCCCAGGGAACUUGGUAAAAUAACUCGACUGAGGUACCUUGGCUUGGGAUGGACUUUCCUGGAGAUGAUUCCCUCAUCUGUAAGCAAGCUGCAAAACCUCCAAACAUUGGAUUUGAAGCAUACUAGCAUCAGUACUCUUCCUAACUCAAUAUGGAAGAUGCGACAGCUGAAACAUUUAUACUUGAGUGAGAGUUAUCUAAGUAAAUUCACGUCUCAACCACAAGCAAGGUUUCCAACAGCUCUCCAGACCUUGUGGGGAUUACUUAUAGAUGAGGAGACUCCAGUGAAGGAUGGCUUAGACAAAUUGAUCAAUCUUAGAAAAUUGGGAUUGGCAUGUCGGUUAAUUCCAUCUCAACAGGGGACAAUGUCGUUACAAUUGGAGACAGUGGCUGAUUGGAUUUUGAAGCUGAACUGUCUUGAAUCUCUGAGACUGAAAUCAGUUGAUACUAAUAAUCAACCUUGGGAUCUAGUCCUAAAGCCUUUGUCUGAACUAGAGGAGUUCAGGGGCAUUGCCUAUGAUAUAGAGGAUGUAAUUGAUGACCUGACACUGAAAUCAGCAGCAACAAGAAGGAGAAGUAGAGUUCACAAGAAGCUGGAGCAGAUCAAAGCUAAGAUCUAUGAUGUCAGUAGAGGGCCAGCUUCUUACGCUUUCAUACCAGCUCAACCAGUAGAGGAACAGAACAUAGCCAACACAGUCGUUUCCGGUUAUAGAGAAACUUACAGCUCUUUUAGCUCAGUUGUAGCUUCGUCCUCAAGUGAGAAGGAAGGCCAGAAGGUUACAGGAUGA